GAUUGUCAGGUUUUUAUGAUACAUAAUAUAAAAAGUCGACACAAAAGCUUUUUAUUCUUCAGAGUAACACCACAAAGUACAAAAUAUAUAAGAAGUACAUAUAUCACUGGUGAUAUGAAAAUUUCUACCCUGUUUCUUGUCGCCUGCCUCGUUGUUUGGCAAAUCGAGGCAAAGACGCUUCAUGAACAGCUUGAGAAAGACAAAGAACAAGAUGAUCUAAGCAGUUUAUUGCACAGUAUCCAAGAUGAGGUCCAGGAAAUCAAAAAUGGCGUACAGUCAAACGAUGGCCCGUCUAAUAAUAUGAAAAAUGAAAACUGGGUUAAUCAAAAAAAUGGCUAUAUGAACAAAGAGGAAAUGUUCGAAGGAGACAAGGACCAAGCAGACGAAGGGAAAAAAAGAGCUAUUGGUGUGAAUGUUACCCCUUGGCCGAAAUCAGCUAGCGGUGAACUCAUUAUACCUUACGUGAUUGAAAGUUCAAUUGAUCCUCGAACUGAUAAAUACACAAGACUCGUGAGAUUGAUUGGAGUCAUGAAUAGUCUUAUCACCUGUAAUAGAAAUGUAUGGAGACCAAGAACAACAGAGACUGAAUAUGUUACCUUUCGUAACUCCGAGGGAUGCUCAAGCUUUGUCGGGAAAGUUUUUGCUCCCCAACCUCAGCCAAUCAAUUUAGCUGAUGGCUGUGUGCUAUUCAACGAUGGAAUUGUAUUGCACGAAAUGAUGCAUGCUAUGGGUUUCUCUCAUGAACACCAGAGAAGCGACAGAGAUUCAUACGUCAGAAUAAACCGUCAAAAUAUACAGCAAGGAUUGGAACAUAAUUUCGACAAAUUGAACACACGACCCUCCAAUACGCCAUAUGAUUAUGGAUCAGUUAUGCAUUAUGGAGCCAGGGAUUUUUCCAGUAAUAAUCAGGAAACAAUAACACCAUUGCAAAGUGGAGUUACAAUUGGUCAAAGGGUUGGUCCAUCAGCAAUCGAUAUACAACAAAUCAACAACUUAUAUAGUUGUUCAGUAACUCCUGUAAGAACCACCACCACCACCGCCCCAACCACCACCACUACCACCACAACAACAACAACAACAAUGAGAACAACACCAAAAAUCAACACGGCCACACCUCGAACAGUUGCUCCAACAACUGGAAUGCUUUUAGGAAGUUGCGACUACAACGCAUAUAGAAGAUCGUGGAGGUGCAAAUACAACCAGUUUCGCCUUAUGGGAGAUAUGAAUAACAGAUAUAUAACUUAUUUGCCUCGUACAAGAUGCGUGGAAUACAGCAGAAGUUCGGGUGCAUGGUGGUGGGGAAGAAGAAGAAGAGGAGGAAGAAGAACAUGUAUCAGGAGAGCACCCAGGGAUGGAAGCGUUACUUUAUACGCGUAUCUUAGAAAUUUCGCAACAUUAAACUGUACAUGCUCAUGGAGAGAAUGCAGCGAUAAGAAGUACUGCGUUUCAUUUUCGUAUCGACGACGUGGCGUGCAAACGCCACCAAUUACAUCUGUUGAAGUUUCAUUGAAAGCUUCAAUCUACGGAAACAAAGAUUACCAAUGCAUGAAUGAAACACUUGGCUUGAACGCUACUGAAGUUUUUAGAACGUAUCGCGUGGAGUUCCAUUCAAAGUGUGGACGAUUUUUUAAGGUUGGUAUCAAAACAAUGAAAGGCAGUGACACUAUUGACAUUGAUGACCUGAAGCUGUCAGCUGGCGGUUGUCCUGCUACUCAAGCUAACGAUGCGGAAUCAUACAAUGCAGAACCAAAGAAAGAAGCUCUUAAUGACAAGUUGCAUGACAUUCAAGGUAAACUUCAAACGGUGCGAGACACAUUGGCGAAACUUGGAUAAUAGAAAAUGGCAAACGACCUUCUAAUAUUUGGCACUAGGGAAUUACAACGACUACAAUGCUGGUGUCAUUGGUUAAUUAAACCCUUUUUGUAUUUUAAUUAAACCCUUUUUGGGUGGUUUGUUUUAUAAGUAGUGUUUUUAUUUAAUUUACUUUAUGCUACAUU